CUCCAGUUUGAGUCCCACCGCGAACUGCCAGUCAGCUCCACUGGUGUUUACAGGCGGGACGGUAGCCUAUACUAUUGUGGACGUCACGUUGCUAUGGCAACGUAGUAAGGAAGCAUACAGCAACGCUGCAAUAUGUCCACCUCUCUGGCCAAAGAAGAAAGGCAGAAGAGACGCACUCUGGUGCUGAGGCCCUCCUCCCGACAAAUUUCAGUAUCAGGUUUACUACAUGGAGUCAACCACAGCACAAGAGACUCAAACAGCGUCCUCGGCUCCUCGAGCAGGAAAAGUUUCAGCCUGGGUGGUGGAAGCAAAGUCCUGGACAAGAGCAACAUUCAGACUCCGAGACAAGCUGUUCGGGUGUUUGAUGAAGACGAAAAUGAUGUCACUCCUCAGCCACUGUGCCAGGCAGAUCCCGCAGCUGCACAGGUCAAAGCCAGCCGGUUGUUUCUGGAUGAAAUAUCUGCCGGAUCAGUAUCAGAUCAGACAACAGCCAGUGGGAGCUUCAGUCUGCCUUUCUCCAGGUCAAUAUUAGGAAGCAGCAGAAUAUCCAGCCAGUCUACCGUAGAGUCCAUGAAUGAGGAGAUUGAGGAUACAUUUUCCAAACGGGACAUGCCCUUCAUCUUCCCAGAUGUGCAGGAGAAAAGAAACACUGUGAAAGAACAUGUAACAGAGGACAUGUUGAAAGAGGUCACAGAUGUCUACAUCUCUGAGAUAGACAGCAUCUCACUGCUGGACAUAUCCAGCACCUUUGUGUCAGUGGAUGCUGAUGACGCAGAAGCUGUGAUAGAGAGAAACAAUCAGUAUGCUGAGGUCUGCAGAAACAGAAUGGGCAAUGAUAAGUAUGUGGAUCGAUCAAUGCAGACAUUGAAUGGAGCAGCUAAAAACAAACUGGUUCAGAGUGACAGUACGGUGAUGGUGGAUGCAGCCACGAUUGUUACCACCUGGGAUAUGUAUGACACUUUGAUCAGUCCUGAGCAGGACCAAACACUGUGUAGCGCUGACCGAGGGACUGCUGACUAUCCAGAGGCCAUGUUAGACACAAGCAGAGGUGCAGAGAGGAGCGUGUCAGUGGGCAGUACAGCCAGCACAGCCAGUGCUGCUAGCUCACUGAAAGAAGUGGAAGCAUUUGGGAACACUUUAAAUGCUGAGUCAGACCUGCAGCUGAUCAUGCUGUCUGAGAAAUUCCAACACUGCUUACUGGUAAUGGAGAGGACCGUACUGGGAAACACUUUCCAACCCAAGCUGGCUGCUUACAGACAGCUGCCAGUAAUAGAAGACCCAGAUAGUCCGCUGCAGUCUGGGACAGUGGAGCAGGGGGAGGAGGACACAGAUAGCUCUCGAUCUCCAGCCAUGGAGCGUCUUUUGGCUUUCAGCUGUGAGCUCACCAGAGGACGCAGCGUCAGCAGCAUGGCCUGGAACAAGAAGAACCUGGACCUUCUGGCUGUGGGCUACGGUGUGUUUGACUCCAGUAACCAGAAACAAGGCCUGGUGUGCUGCUGGUCUCUCAAAAAUUCCACGUGGCCUGAGCGUGUCUUCCAUUGUGACAGCGCAGUGACUUCUCUGGACUUCUCAUCCAUCAACCCCAAUCAGCUGGCUGUGGGCAUGCAAGAUGGCAGUAUCAAUAUCUACAAUGUGAGGAGCCAAGACAACAAGUCCUGUGUCAUCAGCAGUAGUGAAUGUCCCAACAAGCACUGGGAUCCAGUGUGGCAGCUCAGGUGGACCCAACAAGAGUUGAGCCUGACAGGAGAGGAGAAGGCAGAGUCUCUCUUCUCUGUGGCUGCAGACGGCAGGAUCAGCAAGUGGUUUGUCUGCAACACCGGCCUCGACUGCAUAGACCUGAUGAAGCUCAAGAGGAUUCAUGAUACAAAAAAGAGGACUGGAGGGACCAAGACAGAGAAGAAGACAGAGAGUGUUCAGUCAGCGUUGACUCCUGGUCUGUGUUUUGACUUCCAUCCCACAGAUUCCAGUGUCUACCUGGUUGGCACAUGGGAAGGUCUCAUUCACAGAUGCUCCUGUUCCAACAGUCAGCAGUUUCUGGAGACUUACAGGAAACACCAUUGUCCCGUGAACUGCAUCACAUGGAGUCCACUCAGUCCUGAUGUGUUCCUGAGCUGCUCCUCAGACUGGACCAUCCAGUUGUGGAAGCAGGGCCGCCAAAACCCUGUGUUAGGUUUCACCUCCACCCAGACAGCAGUGUGGGACAUCAAGUGGUCCCCAAAGUGGGCCACAGUGUUUGGAGUUGUUAAUGACAGACAGUUGGAAAUCUGGGACCUGAAUUCAAGCACCUUAGACCCAAUCAUUGUGCAACCUGCUGCUGCUGGUGUGAAGAUGAAGUCCCUGCUGUUUGCCACACAGACAGACUGUGUCCUGGUUGGAGACAGUGAUGGACAAGUGACUGUCUACAAGCUCAGGAACAUCAGUGUGGGACAGAGCAGCCAGGUGGAUAUUCUGGAGGGCAUCAUCCGCUCUGCAACUUCCGGAUAGUUUCAAGAAACAAAGACAGAUGUAUACCCGAGCCAUUACCCAAGGAAGGGUCUCUGUCUGCCAAAGAUGAAUCAGUACAAAUAAAAGUAAAUGUACAGAUGGAUAAGGAA